UGAAUGUGGGCAGUAUGCGUGCCUGCUCCCUGGAAGAGCUUCAUGCUGUCACCACCCAAUAAAUGAGAUGUGGCAUCUCAGCUGUGCACCCUGAUACUUAUCCAAAUCAAUUGAAUUUGCUGACAGAAAUCCUCGCCUCUGGUGAUCUUGAUGGCUGAAUGUGCUGAAUUAUAAAGUAUGAUCCUUGGUCUGAACUCAACUGGUUAAGGGUGUCUUGUUGCCAAUGAGUUACGAAUGGGAGGGUUUCUUCAGAGGGCAUCGACUUCUGCUGGGGUCCGAUUUUACAAUUACUGGCCGCCCUCUGGAACCUCGCUUAAGGUCUUACGACAUGCAACUUGAAACUGAAACGGAAAGUGCUACGACAUGGCUGGAAUGGGUGGAGAUCAUUGAGCCUCGAACUCGGGAGCGUAUGUACGCUAACCUUACCACUGGAGAAUGUGUCUGGGAUCCGCCUUCUGGUGUCCGGAUAAAGCGCACCAAUGAGAAUCAGUGGUGGGAGCUCUUUGAUCCCAACACCUCUAGGUUUUAUUAUUACAAUGCCACAACACAGAGGACUGUAUGGCAUCGGCCUCAGAACUGUGACAUCAUCCCGCUGGCCAAAUUGCAGACAUUAAAACAGAACACCGACUCACCGAGUCGAGCUUCGGCUGACAACAGUCCGGGCCGUAGUAGUAAUAUGAGUAGAGAAGGGAGCACCAGCUCUUCCCUAGAACAGGAACUGGAAGCUGAUAGGACACAAGAACAGCCUGCUCAAAGAGGCAGACCAGCUGUCUUUAAUUCAAUUAGGGGAGGAGAUGGCGUUAGUGAUCAGCCAGGAGUAUAUUUGAAAAAUCAAUAUCCGCUUCAAAGAGACUACACUCAUCCAGGCAAGAUGUUACAUUGGCAGACAUCACCUCAUCGGUGGAUGACUGGCACCAAGGAACGAAUGUUGAUUAAAGUUACAGACCGGGAACCAAGUUACUUAUUGCAUCAAGGUAAUGGGAAUGCUGAGAACCAGCCAGGGACACGGUCUCGUAGGCCUUCGGGGCACCAGCUGUCUCACGCUCACAGCUUUGCAUCAGACAGUGACAACCAGGUCUUCUUUACUGAACGCAAGCCUUCCCCUUACCUGAAAAGGGCAGAGCAUGUUGGCGGCUGUUCCCCAGUUCUGGCAAGAGGGGAGCCCUAUCAUUCCCCAAUCCAUUACCAGCACAGAAAGUACUCCUUUGAAUCCCAGCCCUCAUCUCCGCGCUAUGGCUAUGAGCCUCCUCUUUACGAGGAGCCCCCUGUUGAAUACCAGGCUCCUAUUUAUGAUGAACCACCCAUGGAAGUACAGUGCGAGGGAAUGAGCCUCUACAAAGCAGGGUCGCCACAGAAGUCCCCUGUUCGGAAGCCGCAUCCAAUGCUUCACUCUCCCAAACAGGGCCAGAACUCUCCUUAUCAGCAUCUAGUGUUAACAAAGCAAAAAUGCCCAGAGAAAUCCAUGAGCUUAGAAUACAGUCCAGUGGGCAAAGAACUCGUGAAGCAGCUAGUAUAUGUAGAGCAAUCUGGCUCUAGUCCAAAGUUCAAAUCAAGUACAAAGCAUCGAUAUUCACCUAGUGCUACAUCCACCAUUUCUUGCCCAUUACAACACAGCCAUUCGUUGGUGAGAGACUUUCAAUGUUCUGAAUCAAGAUCUACUGACUACAAUGGCCUGGAAGGGUCUGAAGCCAGGUAUAGUCACCAGGGCAGCCAGUUGAUUCAUGAGGAUUCAAUGUCAUGGUCCAGCCAGCAUGACUCAUUAUCUUCAAUAGGCUAUUCUCCAAACACAAGGAAAAGGAAAAGCAGGAAGCCCUCGCUGACACAAGAGACUUGCGGCGUGGUAGGGGAGAGCUGUGGAGAAAUGAACCCCGUCCCUGAGCGGCUGCUGGCAGAGGAGCGGCACUCACCCCUUGACAAGCCGCAGGUGAGCCAGACCGAAAGCAAGAGCGCCGAGGCAGAGAUGCUGCGGGGAUACCCUGACGUGCACACGACCCAGGCAAGACUCGCACGCGAGGCACAGCAGCUGCAUCACAUCAAACAGCGCAGCAGCUGGGAUUCGCAGAAAGAAGUGUCUGGUUACGAGAGCGAUGGAGCCCUUCCUCUACCUAUGCCAGGCCCUGUGGUUCGGGCUUUCAGUGAGGAUGAAGCAUUGGCUCAACAGGAGGGCAAACACUGGAAAAGAAACACAUUUGAAAAGCUCGGCUUUCCUCAAGUGCUGUUGGAAAAGAGUGUUUCUGUACAAACUAACUUGGCUUCACCGGAGCCUUACUUACACCCAUCACAGUCUGAAGACUUGGGCACUUGCAGUCAGUACGAUAUUGGAAGGCAGAGCCGGAGUAUGAUGCCCAGCGCCAGCUGCGUCUUCCCUGGAUUCAUGCUGCGAAAGCCCUCCUCCGAGACAGACAUCGAGAACUGGGCGUCCAAACACUUCAACAAGCACACGCAGGGAAUCUUCCGCCGCAAAGUCUCCAUCGCCAAUAUGCUGGCCUGGAGCAGUGAGUCGAUCAAGAAGCCCAUGAUAAUGACGGCCGACCGUAAUGUGAAAAAGGAAGCAUGUGAAGUGUUCAAAUUGAUCCAGAUGUACAUGGGUGACCGGCGGGCCAAGGUGGACCAGCUUAACGUGGCGCUGGAGAUCGCCACAAAGGGCUGGAGCAUGCAGGGCCUGAGGGAUGAACUGUACAUCCAACUGUGCAGGCAGACUACUGAAAAUUUUAGAUAUGAGAGUCUUGCCAGAGGCUGGGAAUUAAUGGCCAUCUGCCUGGCCUUCUUCCCUCCUACUCCCAAAUUUCACUCCUACCUAGAAGGCUAUAUCUACCGGCAUAUGGAUCCCGUGAAUGAUGCAAAAGUGACACGGCACAUUAAAGAACUCCAGGAAAGGAAAAAUGAGAAGAAAUUGAAAUUGCGAAAGAAAGCAAAGCCUUGUAUUGCGGAUGCUGAUGGUGUUGCUAUUAGCACGUAUGCUAAGUACUGCUACCGUAAACUGCAGAAAUCGGCUCUGACUGGAGCGAAGAAGGGACUUCGGAAACCCAACGCAGACGAGAUCAGACAUGCCACAAAUGCUGUUUUCUGCCCUUCCAUGUUUGGUAGCUCCCUAGACGAGAUCAUGAACAUGCAACAUGAGCACUAUCCAGACCGACAAUUGCCGUGGGUCCAAACCAGACUCUCGGAGGAAGUGCUGAAACUCAAUGGAGCACAGACUGAGGGCAUCUUCAGAGUCCCCGGGGACAUCGAUGAGGUCAACGCCCUCAAGCUUCAAGUGGAUCAGUGGGUUAUCCCACAAGGGCUGACAGACCCUCAUGUUCCAGCCUCGUUGUUGAAAUUAUGGUACCGUGAACUAGAGGAUCCGCUCAUCCCUCACGAGUUCUAUGAGCAGUCCAUCAACCAUUAUGAAAACCCAGAGGCGGCGAUCGCAGUCGUCCACUCCCUACCCAAGCUCAAUCGGCUGGUACUCGGCUACCUCAUCCGCUUUCUACAGAUUUUCGUCCAACCGGCCAACGUCUCCGUUACCAAGAUGGAUGUCAACAACCUAGCCAUGGUCAUGGCUCCCAACUGCCUCCGCUGUCAAUCCGAUAACCCCAGGAUCAUAUUCGAGAAUACACGGAAAGAGAUGUCCUUCCUGCGAGUGUUAAUCCAACACCUGGACACCAGCUUCGUGAAAGAUGUGCUAUAG